AACUUCUGUGCUUAUUCCCGCACUUUUAUAUCUACUAUUAAUAUAUGAAAGAACAAAUUGCGAUUGAUUAAUGUGUUGCUUCCGGUUUGUUGUAGCAUGUGUGGUGUCUAUUAUGGAUUUCCCGGGAAAUCCUCCUCCUGGGCGUGUUCACUAAGCAAUUAUCCAUCAUGGGCCGACGUGUAUUUAUGUAAAACUAUGUGCAAAAUCUGUUCACCAGCUUCAUAAAAACAAUUCAUUCUGUACAGUAAAGGACAGACAUGACUCGACACGGGAAAAACUGCACAGCAGGAGCCGUUUACACUUAUCACGAGAAGAAGAAAGACACCGCCGCUUCUGGUUAUGGGACACAAAGUGUGCGUUUGGGGAAGGAUGCCAUCAAAGAUUUUGACUGCUGCUGUCUCUCCUUGCAGCCCUGCAGGGACCCUGUCUUAACUGAAGAUGGAUACUUAUAUGAAAAAGAAGCCAUCCUGCAAUACAUCCUUCACCAGAAAACAGAUAUUGCCAAGAAAAUGAAGGCAUAUGAGAAGCAGAAACGGGCUCUAAAGAGUGAAGGCCAGCUGGAGUCCAAGUUUGAGGAGCGAGAGAGAGCUGAGAAGUUCAAACAGAGAGAGAACAACAUUGUCUCCAAGCCAAUCAACCCCUUUACCUCAGAUAAAUCUAAGGAUGAAGGAAGCCAGAAGGGCUCAAGCAGCUCCUCCAGUUCUGACACAGGAGUGUCCAGUUCCUCUUCAGCUCUGCCCAGCUUCUGGAUCCCCAGUCUCACACCAGAGGCCAAGCCCACCUUGCUUAAAAAACCUUCAAAGACAGUGUUGUGCCCCAUGUCAGGACGUCCUUUGAAGAUGAGUGAUUUGAUUUCAGUGCGCUUCACUCCGCUGGACCCCAGUCUGGACAGAGUGGCCCUCCUCACACGCCAAGACAGAUACGUGUGUGCAGUAACCAAAGACACGCUUGGGAACUCUGUGCCCUGUGCAGUUCUUAGACCCUCUGGAGUCGUAGUCACUAUGGAGUGUGUGGAGAAGCUCAUACAGAAAGACAUGAUUGAUCCAGUGACUGAAGACAAACUGAAAGAGAAGGACAUCAUACCUCUUCAGAGGGGUGGGACUGGCUUUGCAGGCUCAGGAGUGGCCCUCAAAGCUAAAGAGGCCAGACCCGUUAUGCAAGCAUAAACAAGAGGAUUGGACAACGCUUUGACCCUGUAAAUAUUGUCAUUAAUUUUGCUAGACUUUUUUGUAGUCCUUUUGUUGUCAGUUGUUUGAUGAGGGGUAAUCUGAGUGGAUGUUGAAGUUAUAUUUUUCCUUGCCCCCAAAGAUACUAUUAUGCAACAAUAUACAGUAGAUGUGCUUUUUUUCUUUUUAAAUAAAUCAUUCAUUUUAC